GAACAGGAAAUGUUAGAGAAAGAAACAGGGUGACAAAACAGCAGAAAUUAACGUACAAGUGACAGCAUAAGUAAGCAGCAAGCGCAAGACCUAGGACAGCCAGUAUGUAUUGUUCGCCACAUACCAAAAUACACUCCAUGGAAGCUUACUACGUGUUUUGCUUGUCCAUCGUUGUGUCUUAUAUAUUUUGUGUUUUUAAUAAUUUUUGACAACGUUAUGAUGAUCAAAUAACCUUGAACAGUUUCUGAUGAUGGCCACUCUGUGACCGAAACCGGUAAUGCAGUAGCACUAAAAAAGCUGAGGACAGAUAGGUUUGAGUCAAGUACAGUUACAUAAUGAAAAUUCAACAAGAACUGAAGGAGAUGGAAUGGAAAAUACUGAUGAACAUGAUAAAGACUGUAGUAACAUUGAGAACAAUAUAACAGCAGAAACCAUACUGGGCCAACAAUGUAAAUCAGAACUUUUGAGAGAUAAGUUCAUCUAUGACCCUGAAAAUUUUAAAAUCAGUGUAACAAAACCACCAAAAAUAACUGGCAAAAUUAUUCAGCUUAGACCUGCACCAAUAACAGUAAAGACCUCUAAACUUGAUCAAAACUAUAAUUCUCUUCACAGCAAGGAACCAAAAUUUGUUCCUUAUGAACCGUACAAAGGAGCGGUUAAUCCCAUUAUACCACAUGAAAAGAUAGUGCGUAAAAAGAAACAAAAGAAACAGUCUACUUGCUCAUUACCAGAAAAAAAACCAGAAGAAAGCAAAUGUACAGAAACUACUCUAGCUGAAAUCUCAUCCAACCCAUUAGAUCAGUCUAGUGAUUGUGUUAAAAAUGAUAAAUUUGAAAAAGAACUGGAAAGGCUGCAAAAGGAGAAUCAACAACUUGAAAAUCAAUUGAAAUUUCAAAUUCAGGUGAAUGGAGAUUUGAAGAACUUGCUUGUAGCAUCAGUCGGGGAGGACAUGCAGACGAGGGUCCAUAUUUUGACUGAAGACAAACUGCACCUGGCUCGUGCCCUCCUCAAUUCCGCUCACACUCUGAGCACUCAUCAGGAGCAGACAGAGUGGUUGGCUGGGCAGUGUGAAGUUUGGAGGAGUAAAUUCUUAGCUAGCAGUAUCAUGGUUGAAGAACUAGCGAAGUGGAAAGCUCUAUUAUCUCGGAGAGUACAAGAUCUGCAAGAUGUCACUCGACGUUUAUUAGAUGAAAGGACGAAAGUUAGGGAAUAUCUGAUAAAUACUUACAAAGACUUGCAUGCACUGUGCAGUAAUUUGGACAUGACACCACCACGCAGCAGCAACAUCCUGGAUCUCAGUGAGGUAAACAUGCAGCUAAGUGCCAUGGCCAGAUUGCAAACACGGGGAAACAGUUCCACAGACCUCCCACUCUGGGACACCGAGUGCCAGCGUACAACAGCGGUUGAGGCCUUAGCAUUUGAGCUUAUCAAACACCCAGUGCCAGAGCUGGAGAAUGCAGAUGCAGCGUACAGCGCAGUGAUGGGAGCUGCUGUAGCUCUGAGUUCCUUCUCCCCAGCCUGUUGCGGUCACUGCACUGGCCAAAUUAAAACUAUCUGAUUGAAAAACAAUGUAUCUUACCGAUAUUUUAUCUUAUGGGAAGUAGGAAACCAUAUUUGUACGACAUUUUUAUGUGAACGCUCUCUUGGGGUCACGAACAAAUUCUUUUAUAGUUAUAUAAUUUAUUUGUUGAUAGUAUUUCUUUAUUUUAUUACAGUGGUAUACCACAAGAGUAUUAUGUAGACUGUUGUAUCACCUCGGUCCUAUAUAAGUAAUAUAUUUUUGUCAGAAAUGUACAUAAAUAUUGUAAUUAUAUUAUUCUAAUACUGUUCGACAAAGCAAAUGUGAUGAACUUUUAAUAAAUAAUGGUACAUGGGUUGGUAA